AUGGCAAAUCACCGGUUUCACACCCAGACCUUAAACUCCGUCUGCCACGGUGCCCCAGGUCCCGGCUACCACCUUCUUUCGAAGAGCUCCUCAAACCUGGCAGGCCUCGGGCAAACGGAUUUGGGGGGAAGGCAGAGUGGCAAGCAAGAGCUCCGGAAAAGCUUCAGCAGUUCCGCUUGCCAGGCCCGGACAAGGGAAACCGAUGCCAGGAGCACCCCGAGUUCUGAAUGGUCAUCCACCCACUCCGAAAUUGCAUCCACCGUCAGGACUGUGAGCAGCCUGUCUCCGAGCGACAGCACCCAGAGCGGCCCUAAGAGCACCAACCACUUCCUGUCCAUUGACAAGACAUCAGAGCCUACAGAAAGGAUGGAUGCUGGAAUGCACAUUAAGGGUAGUGGGGUAAAGAACAUGACUCCAGCGUACGGUGCACAUCCACAACACGUGAGCACGAUGGAUGACCUGGGAGCUGCAGUCCAAAGAAGUCUUUCUGACCUGACGUGCCGCUGCAAACAACAGAGUCCCACCCCGCACAUGGAAACCAGCGCCACAUACUCGUCUAUGAGUUCCAACAGCGGUUCUGGUGCUUCUGCAGGCAACGUGGCUUUCCAAAAACCAAGUUACGGAUCGAGCGUGUAUGGAGACGCCCCUGAUUAUCAAAGUCACGCAACUCAGAUCCCAAGUUUGCCUCGAGACCCCAAUGUGCCUACUCACAUCUUUGAGGAUGUAUCACAUAAUCCGAUUUUUUCAGAUCCCGGAACAUAUGGCGCCGCUGUGCUUGGGUCUCACGUACCUAGAGAUAACCUCUCAAACUCAACAAUAUAUGCUCAAGGCGGAAUCAUGUACAGUAACUUUUCGGCUGGCAUGUACCCGCCUGGCAUGGUAGCCUUUCAGAACAGCACUGCCCUGCCCUAUAACGUAAGACACGAGUCUGCGAUGAAGCUAGAUAGCACCGGUCCAUCCUACUGCCAUUCCUUGCCCGUUCCUUCUCUUCAGUUCAUUCCAAGGCUAGUCUGCUCUGUCAGUGAAUCAGGAAAAGAACAAGCAAGCCCCGGAUAUUAUCCUUCUUUGCCCGCUACUGCGAUAGCAACCCUUCCGAAGCUGGUGUCGUCGGUUAGCGAAUCUGGUCUGGAUGCAAAGCGAAUCUUGAGAUGCAGUAGCGGACGUGGGGAACAUGGGUCACAAACCCAGUCUUACGUCCAACAGGGUGGACCCCAACAGGAAAAGAAGACUACCUAUGUGGUGUUGAACAGCCGCCAAAAUGGGACGGAGGUUGUCCUGAAAACGAAAGAUACAUGGACAAUGACCUCGAUGAAUGACAUGAUCCGAGCCUCACAGCCUCCUCUUCCAUGCAAAGAUGCUGGAGUACAAACCAUCCCUACCAAGGAGUGUAAGUCUGUGGCCACGAGCCCCUCGGUUAUAGUUAAUUUGGAACCUCAUGUGUACCCAGAGGUUAAUUUGGAACCUGAAGCAGAUGGGGAAAAGUCUCCAGUGCGAGAAGUGAGAUGGGAUGACGAAGGCAUGACGUGGGAAGUCUACGGGGCGGAAGUUGAUCCAGAAGAGCUUGGGCUGGCCAUACAAAAACACCUGGAGUUUCAGAUCGAGCAGCUGCAGCUGGAAUCGAUGACAAUCUCUAGGAAAAGUACUGACGAUGUGUUGCCGGAUAAAGACGAAAAGAGAAUGUCUUUCAGAACAAUGAUGUAUUGCCUGAGAAACCCAAGUUGUUGCGCCAGUUCCAGCACAGCAAUGGAAUAAGUUCCCCUACGAGACUGCGGCACCCAUUUUUAACACACACACACGCGCUCUUGUGGAGUUGUAAAUAAACACUGUU